AUGGCACGCGAUUCGUCACCCCCUGAAUCACCGCUCUCAUCGAUGGACGACUCAGAGCAAUACGAUGAAGAAGUCCACGAAUACGACGAAUCGACACUGCGACCCUCGAAGCGACAACGACUCGAAGGCGGUUCAACAACAUCAUCAGCCAUAGUUCCCGAUGCCGAGCCAGAAGCUGUACCAGAGCCAGAUCCCCUCGAGGGCAUGUCAGACGUUUCCUCAGACACUUCAGGCGACAUCCCUAGCUCCCCUAUCAAUGCGCGUCUCGAUGAGGAGGAUUUCCAAGAACAAGUAACGAAAUGCGACUGGGACGGUUGCCCAGCGGGUGACCAGGGCAAUAUGGACAAACUCGUCGAACACAUUCACAACUCGCAUAUUGAGAACCGACAGAAGAAGUAUACGUGCGAGUGGAUGAGCUGCACACGAAAGGGUCUUCCUCAUGCUAGCGGCUAUGCCCUCAAGGCGCACAUGCGCAGCCAUACAAGGGAGAAGCCAUUUUACUGUUAUCUACCCGAAUGCGAUAGGUCGUUUACUCGGUCCGAUGCAUUGGCCAAGCACAUGCGGACAGUCCACGAGACAGAAGCCCUUCGCCCAUCCGAUCCGGUCCCUAAGUCGAUGCAAGCCGGACCGCAAAGCAAGGGAGGAAAGAUCAAGAUUAUCAUGAAGACCAAUCAGCAAUCGAAAGGUCUCCACGACGAUAUGGACGAUCCUGCCAACGGAGACGAAGCCAACGCCGAGUAUUUCACACCACUCACCGAGGACCCCUUUACCACUGAUGAACUUGAACUCCCUGUUGACAAGCUGUAUCGAAAGUGCUACUGGGAGGCCAAAUGGGCCGAGGAGGUCGGUGAGUCACUCACAAAGGAGUGCAAGGAGUGGGAGGAUGUCUACUACAAAGAGUGGCUCGAGAAGGAGGUGCUUCUUUCGCAGGUCAUCAAGAGUGAGGUCAACUGGCACGAGCGACGACAAGCUAUUCUUACAGGGGUUGCCGAUGUACAUGUCCCUGGCGCUGUGGAAAGUGUUGAGAACGAGAAGACAAACGGGGCAAAUGGCGAUGUCGAACAUGUCGAACCGACCAACGGGUCACAAACCACAGAGAUAGCCGCUUGA